AUGGAUUAUACAGCUCCUUAUUUCGGUGAAAUAGAUGAAGGAUUAGAAAUUAAUACAACACAGGCAGAUUUUACAAAACAUAAUGAUGAUGAGCCAAGGGGUUUGGAAAUACCGCUUUACAUCUAUAUUAUUUCUUUAUUGUUAAAUGCGACUAUAUUUAUGAUUGGGACAUUCGGAAAUAUUCUAGUGAUUAUAGUAGUUUUAAAAGUGAGAAAUAUGCGCACACCAACAAAUGUGUUCUUGUUAAAUCUAAGCGCAGCUGAUGUUCUAGUAUUGCUUGUUUGUCAGCCAGCUGGGCUGCUGGAGUUUUUCGGGAAGGAAAGGUGGUUUCUUGGAAAAAUCAUGUGCAAACUUGUUCCGUUGAUGGAGAAUGGUGUACUGCAUGUUUCUAUUCUCACGAUGCUUGCUGUGACAUUUGAACGUUAUAAUGCGUUAUGUCACCCAUUCAAACAUCGGAUGGCAUCAACAAUUUCCGCUACCGUGAAGACAAUCAUAGGAAUUUGGAUAAUCGGAACAGUUCUUACACUUCCAUUCUUGAUAAUGACAGAACAUGAGGACGCCAUUUUUUAUGAUGGUUCCCCAAUCAAAGUUUGCCGGACAAAAACAGAGGGCGAGGGCGAGUACCAUUCGAAAUCAGACAGAUACAUGGUCGUAGUACAACUUGCAUUUGUACCUGACAAAUCAUAA